GCUUCCGCCUGUGUCUGUCUCCAGACAGUCUCUGACUCUCAGUCACAAAUUACACUUAUAUAUAUUUAAUUUAUGUUAUAAAUAAAUGUUUUAAUAUAACGUAAAGGAGGACGGACUCUUCUGCUCAGCUUCCGCUUCCACAGCUCAGGCUCCUCUCAGCAUGAACCCCGACAGCUUCACCUGCUCCAUCUGUCUGGAACUGCUCAGAGAUCCAGUCACCGUCCCGUGUGGCCACAGCUACUGCAUGAGCUGCCUGACGAGCCACUGGGACCGUCAGUCCGUGUACAGCUGUCCACAAUGCAGAGCCUCGUUCAGUCCCAGACCCAAGCUGGGCAGGAACACGCUGCUCGUGGAGAUGCUGCAGAAACUCAGCUCCGUCCAGCUGAGCCCAAUCCCCUCGGCUCCUCCUCUGUACGAGAGCCAAGGCUUCGAGCACCCCACCUUCGAUGUGUCUUCAGUUCGUCCUGAGAGGACUGACGGAGAGAAGCUUGUGGGAAACACACGGAGACGUCUCGCGGCACAAAUCCAAGAGAGGGAGGUGGAGCUUCAGCAGCUGAAACAAAGUCAGCUUUCAUUGUCUCGUCGGGCCAAAGCUGCAGUGAAGGACAGCAGCAAGAUCUUCUCCGAGCUGCUGGAGUUCGUGGAGCGUCGCCGCGUUGAGAUGAAGGAGCUGAUCCGAGCUCAGGAGAAGGCUGAAGUGGCUCGUGCGGAGAACCAGGUGCAGCGUCUGGAGCAGCAGAUCUCAGAGAUGAGGAGGAGAGACGCUGAGCUGGAGAGACUUUCACGCAGUCACGACCGACAGCUGAUCUCACAGCAGAUGUGUCAGUCUGACCUCAGUCCAGAUGUUGCAGGAGCAAACAUCAAUCUGACGGUCUGUCCGCAUGUUUCCUUCGGGCCUGUGAGACGAGCCAUCUCCGACCUGAAAGACCAGCUGCUGAGUCUGUAUCACAGAGAAUUCCCAAGUAUCACCUCUGCAGUGAAAUCUGUGAACAUCCUGCAGAUGAAAAAGGUCGACGAAGCAGCAGAAUCUUGUAAAUCUCCAGUCGGCCCCGCUCUGAACAACAGAAGUGAACUCCUUCAAUAUUUCUGUUCUCUGUCUUUGGACCUGUUCACGGCUCACAGGGAGCUCUCUCUGACCGAAGGGAACCGUGUGGUCCGUCGAACCGGAGAACUUCAGUCGUACCCGGAUCACCCCGAUCGCUUCGACACCUGGUGCCAGGUGUUGUGCCGUGAAGGGCUGCGGGGCCGCAGCUACUGGGAGGCGGAGUGGGACGGAAGAGAGGUGGUGCUGGGGCUCACGUACGAGGACAUUGAAAGAAAGGGAUCAUCUGACAACUGCAGACUGGGACACAACUUCCUCUCAUGGGGUCUUUGCUGCGGCUCCUCCUCCUUCACCUUCUGCCAUGGAAAAGAGAAGCAGGCGUUGGCGGUUGCUUCCGGCUCGCUGCCCCGCAGAGUCGGGGUGUUUCUGGACCACGACGCCGGACUGAUCUGCUUCUACACGGUGACGCCCGGAGGAGUCGUCCUCCUGCACAGAGUGAACACCAAGUUCGACCUGCCCCUCUACCCUGCGGCGUGGCUGGGAUCCCAGUCUACCAUCACCCUCUGCACUGUGGACUGAAACUGUCACUUUAUUAACACUUGAUGCCGCACUGACUGACAGCUGAGCCAUGUCGGACCAUCACAGAUGUUUUCUGAACAAUCCACAGACCUCAAUAUAUAUACAUCAGGGUUCAUGCCUCAGUAGAAAGAGGAGGAAUAGUUUCUGUCUUUAGAAAGACAUUUUAUUUUUAUUUUCACCUUAAUUUUAUUGUGAUGGAAACAGACCAAAACAAUUAUCUGCUUGUUUUCCGCCAACAGGCAAAGAUAAAUGUUUUCAUGUUUGGGUAAACUGGUCUGAUACAACCUGUGAGAAAAACACCAGACACAACAGUAGCUUUAGUGCUCGAGUUGGAUUUUUAUUAUUAUUAUUAACCGUUGACACAAAUCAGCAGAGAAACAAGGCGUGAUGACAGACGGGAAACA